AUGUAUCCGGAUAAUCUCAUUUUCGAGGACGUCAACAUGGACCGAUUGGCGCUCUCGUACGAGUCCGAGCAGCGCUUGGAGGACCUUCUCCGUGAUGAUCUGCAGCUUCCAUCGGCACAGACGCAGUUCUUUCGCGGUCGGAGAAGUAAGAAGAAGGUAGAGAAGGCGUACGAUGGACUGACGGCAAUGGGGUUUUCGAUGGACCAAAUUGAAGCCGCGCUCGCGCACUCCCAUGACUUGACAGGAGCGGUGCAAUACUUGUGUCUGUACAACUCGAACGGUGAUCUACCCUCGGCCUUUCGUUCGUAUGUGUACAAGCCUUCCGCGCGACAAACAAGUGGGCUCCCGGCACAGCUGACUCUUAUCCCUGCACCGUCUUCAGGUUGUUCCCCACACGGCACCCGCGAUCGCGCGAUUGCACCUCCAGUUCCUGUUCCAUCACCUUCGAUAAAGUUGUCCACCAUCGAGGCAGACAACGCAAAGGCGUGGACGCUGCAGUACUUGAACUCGUUGGACGAAGAUGUACUGAGCCCAGAUGCAACACGGCAACAGCUCGAACUGGACUUGGCGCAUGCUACGACUGAGCUUAAAGGGUUGAAGAAGUCUCGGAAGCAUGAGGCGGGGCACUGGAACGCCGAAAUCGCGCGGAUUAAAGCAGAGCUAGCUGCAUUGUCAGUUCAGGGAAUCCCACACGAGGUUCCAGCAACCGCACCCACCUGCGAAAUCCACGAAGCCGCUCCGUCACCUGCCGCGUUCGACAGUGAAGAGAACGACGAUGGAAUGGACAUGUUUUCGAUGUUGGAGGCCGCUGCGCCACCUCCACCCGCUCCUACGCCUGCCGUACCGCCUCCGAUUCAUGUGGAGAGUGCGGUCAAAUGGACGGGAAAGACUCCACGCGUUCAGCUACAAGAAUAUUGUCAGAAACAAAAGUGGACCCCGCCCCACUACACCAAUUCUGGACCUUCGUCGUCUUCAAGGCACCGCUUCGAUGUCCACGUCAAGCGCCGCGGCAACCUCCCAACCUUGUCCUUCCAUCUCGAGCACGAUGGAGAUGCCUACACAUCUCCUGACGCGGCGAAAGAUGCCGUGGCGACACGAGCUCUGUACGGCCUCGUGCCGCAUCUCCCGCUCUACCGCGGAUUCCCUCCCCAUUUCAGAGAUAUGUGGCUCGAAUGGUUGCGGCGAGUGGAGGCUGCAAAGGAUGAGACCAAGUCGACGGCCACCAAGUCCAAGGACUCGGUCAUCGACAGCCUCUUUCAGUUAGCGCAAGACACCUUCCACGGCGACGCACAAGCACCGAUGAGUGUUGAAUGCCCUGCGCCAGCCACUUGUCGUCCAUCAUCGGGUGACAACAUGGUUGUGGCCGACUCGUGGGACAGCGACGAUGACGACAAUGGAGAGGUGCAUGGAGAGUCCGUCAAUGGUACUACACAAAACAGCACAGUGAGCGAAGGGGAAGUUGUUUGUGGUCAACGAGUGGACCUCUUUGAGGCCGUGCGAAGGACGAAGGAGUACCAGGCCAUGGUGAGCGGUCGCCAGGCCCUGCCGAUUGCUGCCUUUCAGCGCGAGAUACUGGAGCAGUCUCGACAGAGUCGGGUCGUGCUCAUUUCGGGCGAAACGGGGUCGGGCAAGAGUACGCAGGUCCCGCACUACCUCCUGGAAGACAUGUUGUCGAGUGCAACCAUCCACGAUGACGAAGACAUCAUUUUGUGCACCCAACCGCGGCGACUGGCCGCCAUUGGCGUCGCAGAGCGCGUGGCUGACGAGAUGGGCCAGGAAGUGGGGAAGGGCCUUGUCGGGUACCACAUUCGACUGGACGCAAAGAAAGGCCGGGGGUGCCGCCUCGUGUUUUGCACGACGGGCAUUCUGCUCCGAAUGAUGCAGACAAACCCAACUCUCACCGGCGUCAAGUACGUCGUCGUCGAUGAGAUCCACGAGCGAGAUGUCCAGAGCGACAUCCUCCUUGGCCUCCUGUGCCGCGUCCUGCGCAAGACGCUGCAUCUCCGUGUCGUCCUCAUGAGCGCAACCCUCCACGCAGCACAGUUUCAAUCGUAUUUUACCCACCACGCGCGGCUGGUCACGGUGCCAGGCCGGCUCUUCCCUGUCGAUACACUAUUCCUCGAAGACGCGAUCGAGCGCACCCAGCACGUGGUGUUGGAUGGCUCGCGAUGCUGCACACCCAAACACGCCGCCGCCGAGAACAGAUACACGCUGCACAUGUCGGGGCGCGACGGUCGCGUAUCGACCCAGGUGCUGACGUGGAGCAGCGCAGACGUCCACCGUCGCGGGCCGCUGCACAACGUGGGCGAUGGCAAGUACAGCACCCACACGCUCGCCAUGAUGGCGAAAGUCGACCCGUCUGUGAUAAACUUUGACUUGAUCGAAGAGCUCGUGGAGCACGUGAUCACGGCGACGACCAAAGACCACGGCGCGAUCUUGAUCUUUCUCAGUGGCCGCGCGGAAAUACGAACACUCGUCGACCAGCUGGAAGCGAAUCGCCACCUCGCGUCGACCUGUGUUUUCCUUCCACUCCACGCGUCGCUGUCGACGGCCGACCAGCGCCGCGUGUUUCAACGGCCACCGCCCUCCAUGACCAAGGUGAUCGUGGCCACCAACAUCGCCGAGACGUCCGUCACCAUCGACGACGUGUCGGUCGUGAUCGACGCCGGCCGAGUCAAGCAGAUGCGCCACGACACCAAGACCCAAACGUCCUUCCUGACUGAAGUUUGGAUCGCCCAGGCCAACGCAAUGCAACGAUCUGGACGCGCGGGCCGGGUCCAAGCCGGCACGUGCUUUCGCUUGUACCCCCGUGACCUGUACGAGCACGAGAUGUUGCCGCAGCCGAUCGCAGAGAUUCACCGCGCACCGCUCACGAGCCUCACGCUGCAGCUCCACGAACUGCUCCGCGACGAGUCGGUGGGGCAGUUUUGGCCAGAGCUCUUGGAGCCGCCACCCGAACAAGCUGUUCGCGACGCUACAUUGGAAUUGAUUCAGCUAGGGGCAUUGGAUUAUGAUGGCGACGGCGCUGUCCCUGAAGAAGACAUGGCUGGCUCCCCCAGCAAGUUGAAGCUCACGGCACUUGGCCACCACUUGGCCAAGCUCCCACUCGAUGUCCGCGUCGGCAAGAUGCUGUUGUACGCGUCCAUCUUUCACGUGUCGAGGCCCGCUGCCAUCGUUGCGGCCAUCCUAGAGUCCAAGAGUCCAUUCGUCGCUCCCCAUGGCCAGGAAAAAGCGAUGGACGCCGCGCGGCGACAGUUUGCGACGUUCAACAGCGACCUCCUCACGGAUCUCUCGGCGUUUCUCGCGUGGGAGGCGUGUGGGAAAGACCGCGACCGAGCAUUUUGCACCAAACAUUUCCUCAAUCGCGUCGCGCUCGUCGAGAUUGAUCAACUUGCGGCGUCGUUUGAGCGGUUGCUGGUGGACCUGGGAUUUAUUGCACCCGACUCCAGUCGAAAGCGCCAUGAAUCGGCGGUGGACAUGGUGGUCCUGGCCGCGGUCGUGGCGGCAGGAAUGUAUCCGAGUGUGGUCUUUAUCGAUUCGUCCACAUUAUCGAAUCGAACGUUCUGGGACCACCGCAAACAGGUCUACCUCCACCCUUCAUCCAUCAAUCACGGCCCAACAGUGGCGUUUGCGACGACUUACCUCGGCUACUACCUCAAGCUAGUCACGUCGUCCAAGGUGUAUGUGCCCGUGUCGAGCGGUGUGACGCCGCUGGCGCUGGCGCUGUUUGGUGGACGGUUCGACUUCAGUUGGUCCGAGCCGCCCGACUCGUUCGAGACUUCGCACGCAACAAUCGACAAGUGGAUUGACCUGCCAUGCGCUGGCCGCACCGCCAUGCUCGUGGUGGAACUGCGCCGUCGGUUGAACGACCUCCUGCAGCGCAAGCUCGCCGCCCCAUCUACAAUGGAGCCACACGACCAAGCUCUCGUGCAAACCGUGUCGCUGCUGUGGCGGCAAGAGCGCGCAAGCUGUAGCCCCGUCCGGCCUUCCCACUAA